UGGUUAAGGAGAGUUUUGUCAAGAGAGAAAGACAUUACAUGUGCUUGUUGCACAGGACUCCAACAGCUCAUUUGCUCACUUGUGUGUGGGGGAUUUCAAGGACUUAGCUGGGAGUAACAAGUGCCUACAGUAGAUACCGUUAGUGUCAUUUGUCUACUUAUGGACUACAGAGACACCAUGCGCGUAGCAUAGCCUGUGCUAGGAACCUGAAGGAAGACAAAGAUGUGAGUUUGUUCUUCUUUUGCAUAAACAAUACAUUCAGCCUCACUGACGAGGUCCUUGAACGAUACGGCCCACGCGUGUCGCAUACAGUGAAUCUGCUCCAUUCCACGAGAAGGAGAACAAACGCUGUGUAGAACAACUACUCUGCCUCGUCUCGCUUGGUAGAAUUUUGCUUUAUUUUGAAAAGAAGAGCUUAAGUGUCUCCAAAGGCUCGGAUGCAUUUGUCAAUGGAUACUCUGGGAAUAGUGGACGAUAGUUGCCUGGACAACUAUGACAUGGCAAAAGGUGCUGGGUCAAGUGUUGGGGGCAGGGUCCACAGUAUCGACGUCAUACUGGGAUUCACUAAAGACAAGGACCCUUUGCUCCAUUCGGUAGGAGAUGAUGACAGCCAAAAAACAAACAUAGAAAACCCACAGCACCCUGAGAAGCAGGUACCGUCAGACCCCUAUGGACACCUUCCAGAGCUGGGUGACAGCUCCCAACAUUCUUCCUACCACGAAUCUGACCUCUUCUCCGGUGACAAGAGCGAUGAAGAAAUGAGCAACCUGCAGAAGGAACUGGAUGUUGCCGAGGGGUCCCCGGAGGCCAUCAAAGAAGAAGAGCACACUAAAAAGAAGCACAGAAGAAACCGUACCACCUUCACCACCUACCAGCUUCAUGAGCUCGAGCGAGCCUUCGAGAAAUCCCACUACCCCGACGUCUACAGCCGUGAGGAGCUGGCAAUGAAGGUCAACUUGCCUGAGGUUCGAGUUCAGGUGUGGUUCCAGAACCGGAGGGCCAAGUGGAGGCGUCAAGAGAAGAUGGACACUAGCACAAUGAAGCUGCAUGACUCUCCCAUGCUAUCCUUCAAUCGUCCCCAGAUGCCUCCUAACGUGGGGCCAGUGGCCAACCCGAUGCCCCUAGAUCCCUGGCUGACCUCGCCCAUCUCCGGUGCCACGCCUAUGCAUACCAUCCCGGGGUUCAUGGGUUCGCCACAGGGCCUGCAGCCUGCCUAUCCAAGUCACAGCUUCCUCAACACCCCACCCGGCAUGGUUCAGGGUAUGCAGCCAAUGGGCCCUCCUCCCUACCAGUGCUCACCCAGCUUCAACGAUAAAUACCCGAUGGAGGACGACAGGAGUUCCAGCAUCGCAGCCCUCAGGAUGAAGGCCAAAGAGCACAUUCAGUCAAUGGAUAAAACCUGGCAGCACAUGUGAUCUGAUGAGCCACUGCGGACAGAUGUUUGAGCUGCUCCCCGUGAAUGUUUACAAACUGCUUUUCCACUGUUUGUUUCGCGUACCAGUAAAGAGGGUACAUGACACCAAAGGGGUCUGAUAUUUUUUCACUGACGUUUAAGCAACUUUGAAAAUUAAUACAAAAGUUUUUUAGCCUCAAAUCUAUGGGGGUUGUUUAUUUUGGUUUAGCUCAGAAGGUUUAGAAAAAUACUUGUUUGAGUACAAGAAAAUCUUCAACCUGAAUGUUUUAACACUUGUGUCAACAGUAAUUUUGUAUAUUUCAGACAGAUUUCAGACAGUACUGACAAACUGCAAUAUAGUAUAUGAGAGGCUAAGUAGAGCCAUGUGGUCAGUAGUAGCAACAUUUUUGUAUUUGGACUUACUUACUUAUUACUUGAUGAGAAAUUUAAAAAAAAAUGUAUACAAGUUGGUUGUCUUAAUUGUCCUUUUUUGUGGAAGUAAGAUAUUUUUAUUAAAAAAAAAAAAAAAAAAAAAAAAGCAAUACUGACCCUACUUCUGUCUACAUGUACCUGUAAGAUGUUCCUGCUCCACUAAAGUGAAAAUAUCUUCAUGAGGAUUAUUGAACUUUGAGGACAUUUGCUGGCAUCUAAACUGAAUUUGUUCUUUUUACCUGUACGUCUGUUUGGUUGGGUUUUCUGUAUCUUUGUAAAUGCUCUCCAGCAUUUUAUUUUUUGUUGUGGUACAUUUUCAGUUAUGUUGAAAAUGGGCACAAACAAGUAUUUUAAAACCACUUCAAUUCAAGUUUUGAUUAGGUUUUUCGGAAGUCACAGAGCGUAAUCUGGCUCAGAGGCUAAUUUAAACAGACAAGCAUACUUCUUAACACCUAAUUACUGCUUUUAAAGCGAUUAACCCCGGAUUCAUAGACAGCGUGCCCUCAGAUGCCCCCGACAAACCCUUUUCAAGACCCGUUUAACUUUGUGACCAUUUAUAUUAUUUCUAAUUUACAGAUAUGGCAUAACGUAUCAAUGUUUUUUUUUAUUAUUACGCACUAUCUCAGUCUUCAUCCUUAUUGGUAAAGGAUGCACCUCAUUGCAUUAUUGACAAAAUAGUCACUUAAGUCAGCUGGAUUUAAAGUGCAGAAGUUAAUAGGUGCUGGCAGCCUCUCAUACCUUUGGAAAGUGGCAGUUUGAUCUAACUGUUGUAUUUGGUGUGUGUGCUGGAUUAGCAAAAUACAUGUUCUUUCUGGCACUGGAAAGAAAACAGACUUAUUUAGAGGUGAUACUGAGCCUGUGGCAACACUUUGAGGGGGAAAUUAUCUGGCAAUGGAAGUCCCUGCAGACACCGUAAUGAAGUGUAAGGAAGAGUUAUCAUUUUCAAUCACUUCCAAACAUUAUGUGCAUAUCAUGGCCUUUAGAAAUGACAGCAUCCACACUGUCAGAUUUACAGGUUUUUGUUGUUUUAUUUUGUUUAUAAUCCCUGUUGACAACAGUGGACUAAAAAGCCAAAGAAAUAAAAAAGAAAAUUUCUUAUUACUAGAACAAA